UCCACUAUAAUAUUUGAUUGCUGCUAGUUGCAAUAUUAUUUAGAUUGUUAACUCGUAACAAUUAUGAGAGACUAGUAAUAAUAAUAAUAAUAAUAAUCAUAAUAACAACAACAGUAACAACAAUAAUCGUCUAGUUGCUGAGGUCUAAUAUUUGGACGACCGCGCGUAUAAAUAACAGCCGGCCAUAUCAAUAAGGUACCAGUUGUGUCAGUCCAUCAUCAGAGUCAUCAACAAACAUGAAGUCUGCUUUGGUUAUUGUAUCCGUUCUUUUAGCCGGCGUGGCCCUCGAAGUUGCCGCCCGCAUGGUCACCGACAACCAAAACCAACAUGAAAACAACAACCAGUGGACCCGUUUUCGUGGGGACUCCAGUGAUGAAUCAACUGAGUCGAACUUACACGAAUAUCGAAACAACAACAACUUCAACAACGUCCGAAGCAACUAUGACUCGGUAUCUACAUUUGCUGACCGUUCAAGACAGAUCAACCAAAACGACGAUACCGACUUCGGUUCCAACCAAGAGUUACGUCUACAACAACAACAACCCAAAAGCCAAAACCAAUUCAAUGCCGUCAACCACCCCGAAGGACUCACCAAGAUAAUGGUCGAGAAAAUCGCUACCAUUCAGAAAAUCGCCGUCGAUCACAAUAUCGCCGACACCGCCGAUUUCUUGGACGCAGCGCUCACCGUCAAUUCUAACUCCAUCAAAUUCCCAAAACACAAUUUCGUGUCUUUCUACAACUCAACCAUGAAGAACCUUGAAAAUGGUAACUUGGAAUACCUGUACCUGAACCCCGAAAGUGACACCCUGUUCGCCCAGUACCAGUUCGACGAGGUCAAAACCGUCGGAUCAUUCAAGUCCAACAUCGCCCACACUCAUUCUGGUUACUACACAGUCAUCUUGAACAACGUGUUCAGCAACUUGUCCACUGGAUUCUAUGACGACAAACAUGCCAUGAUCAAGGCGGCCAAAUUCCAAAACGCAGACGUCAACAUAAUCACCCACGACGGUUCCGAAACGCAAGUUCUCAACCCAGCUAUGGAACAAAAAUAUUUGGGUGUGUUGGCCAACACCGUGUCCAACGAAGUGAUGAAGUCCGCCAACAAGGGUGCGAUCGUCCAGAUGAAAAACGAAAUCCGCAAACCAAUCAUAUCCCAAAUGAACGCUGCUAGAAAUAACGCCAACAAGCUGUUCGACUUAAAAUGGCAGGAGGACCAAGUCUCCAUGGAGAUGACUAACAUCGGUUUCAUGAACUCAGAAGAACUCGAGCACGCCACCGAACAUUUAUUGAACUCUGUGACUUUCCAACGGAAAUCCCAAGACACCUACGGAAUGCGUUAUGACUUCUCCAUCAAAAACAUGGAAUGGACAUCCGCUGUGAACAUCAUGUCGGGUGAUAUGAGAACGACCACAGGGCCAAUGAAGUUCACUAUCGACCAAAUCAACAUGAAAGUAUACGUCGAAAAGUCAACCCAACAACAACAGUCGUAUGGCAAGGCCAACACCAACGUGGAAAUACGUGGUCUCCAUUACAACUUGAAGAACGUCAAGUCCAACCUUGUUUCCUACUUCGAAAACGACCUCCAACGUUUCAUGGAACUUUCUUUGGGAUCUUACAUCCAAGAUACUUUGGUACAAGAAUUAAACAACUCUAGUCGCCAAUACUAAGUUGACUCAUUUAUUUUAAAACAUUAGUUUUUCUUAAUAUAUUAUAUAAAAUAAGCAAUAGU